GUCUGGCAGCUCAGUGUACACCGAUGGAUUUGGUGGUCUUCCUCAAUACCAUCUACAUUGCCUUCGACCGCAUUGUUGCUGAAUCGAAAUGCUACAAGGUGGAAACGAUUGGUGAUUGUUACGUGGUUUCCAGUGGGGUACCACUGCGCAACGGUCACGAGCACGCUUGGGAAGUAUGCACAUUGGCCAUUGAUUUCUUGAGAACAGCCCGCACAGUGGCGCUGCCCAAUGAUCAUAUUAACCGGGCAGCAGCUCGCAUUGGCAUUAACUCGGGACCGAUCGCAGCCGGGGUUAUUGGCACUCGUAUGCCUCACUACUGUUUGUUUGGGGAUGCUAUGAAUACAGCCAGCCGAAUGGAAUCCCAUGGCUACGUGGACAAAAUUCACGUGAGCCCGUCGACCAAGAACUUGGUCGUGGUUCAUUCGCCGAAUUUGGAUAAGUACUUCACUACGCGUGGUACAAUUCAAGUUAAGGGAAAAGGUCAACUGACCACGUAUUGGCUGCUGGAGUCCCCGCUCAACUGGUAGCAUGUGGAAACCUUCAAUCUAUUUUAUGAAUUAUGAGCGCAUCGCUGCAGUCAUGCAGCUUUAGACAUAUUGUGGAAAAAUUGGGCGUGUCGAUAUUCUGCAUUUUAUUCUGAGUUGUCUAGACAUGGAGAUGCUGCUUGUCAAGAAAAACUCAUGUAAAAUUAAUAGAAAAUUUUUCUCUACCAAAUUUGGCGAAUGCCAACUAUUCCAACCCGAAAUACAAUCGAUUUUUAUAAAACCUUAAACUAAGUAAUAAAUAAAAGCUCAAACCAACAAACGGUACUGAUACAACCAAUAUCACCAAUUCUGGUCAGCGACAUAUAUACAGUUAAAC